AUGGGGGAAAGACGGACGCGCUCCUUUCACACGACGUGCCACGUGCAACGGGACUUCGGCAGCAGGGUUGGGAGCUCCUUCAUAAGUUAUAGUCCCAAUGGAUAUGCCAGCACGAGCAUCAGCCUGGACCAGGAGGUGGAUGCUGACCUCGCAGCCUCCACUACGACCAGUAGUUCUGCUCUACGGGCUCCUGCACCUGACAGAAGCCACUACUCUCCUGUUUCACUGGAAUUGGACCCCACGGCGGUGAAUAAUGGAUCAGGCAUUCCCUGCUGUCCGCCAGCGGACACAAAGGACCCGGCGCUGCAGAUCAUACAGAGCCAGCCCUCUGUCAUCCCUGUCCCGCCGCCUCUUCCUCGUUCGAGCUGGCUGCGUCAUCAUCAAAAGGAUUUCCAGAGCCCUUACAUCAAGACUAGCAUGCAGGGGGAUGUUUACAACUUCUUAGAGAGACCUGCUGGACGAAAAUGCUUCCUCUACCACUUCCUUGUCUUCCUCAUGGUCCUGGUGUGUCUAAUCUUCAGUGUCCUGUCCACUAUAGAACAAUAUGCAGAAUUUGCCACUGGAACCCUCUUCUGGAUGGAGAUUGUGCUGGUGCUGUUCUUUGGCACAGAGUAUGUGGUCCGGCUGUGGUCGGCAGGCUGUCGAAGCAAAUAUGCAGGCAUCAAAGGACGCCUCCGCUUUAUCAGGAAGCCCAUAUCAAUCAUAGAUCUGAUAGUGGUCAUUGCCUCCAUCAUUGUGCUCGGUGUGGGCUCAAAUGGCCAAGUGUUUGCCACGUCAGCCAUCAGGGGCAUCCGUUUCCUCCAAAUCCUGCGCAUGCUGCAUGUGGAUCGACAGGGAGGAACGUGGAGGCUCCUGGGAUCUGUGGUCUUCAUCCAUCGACAGGAGCUGAUCACCACCUUAUACAUCGGCUUUCUGGGCCUGAUCUUUUCCUCCUACUUUGUCUACUUGGCGGAAAAGGAUGCUGUUGAUGAGGAGGGCAAGACGGGCUUCUCCAGCUACGCUGAUGCCCUGUGGUGGGGUGUGGUGACAGUCACCACAAUCGGCUAUGGAGACAAAAUUCCUCAAACGUGGAUAGGCAAGGCCAUCGCUUCCUGCUUCAGUGUCUUUGCCAUCUCCUUCUUCGCUCUACCUGCUGGUAUCCUGGGCUCAGGGUUUGCCCUAAAAGUUCAACAGAAGCAGAGACAGAAACACUUUAACAGACAAAUCCCUGCUGCAGCUUCGCUCAUCCAGACACUCUGGAGGUGCUAUGCAGCAGAAAAACCAAACGGCUGUGCUGUUACAUGGAAAAUGUAUGUCCUAACUCCAGAGGCCGUCGCCGCAGCGCAAUCUGGCAACGGCAGUCCCACCAUCAGGAAACUCAACAUAUCGAAAAAGGGGACCAAGAGAAGGCUGAAGCCCAGAGGAAACGGUGCUAUGGGCGUGUCCUCGGAGAGAGCCGUAUCCAUCCCUCAGAUAACAUACGAUCACAUCGAUGACUCUGUGGAGAAGAAAGAUGUCUCAUUUUUCCUCGAAGAGCCUCGGGCGACUGUUGAAGGAAUCAGUAGGAUGUUCCGGCAAACAGGCCCUCCUCAACAUUCUUGGUCAUCUUUCACUCUGAGCUCCCCUGGCUCUCCAGUAAAGAAAAACGUUGAUAACAGCACGUCUCUCGACAUCUCCCGCGCCAACAGCUUAACCGAUGAGCUCGACUACAUGACCGAGGACAUUCCCCUGAAUGUGGUGACGGACAAAUCUCAGUAA